GUAAACACAAAGCCAAAGAAUGAAAGAUUGAAAGAAAUGCUUUUUCAAAUGGAAAAUCAGAAAUUAUAAGAUAUGAAUUUGGAACUUUUAGAAUCUUUUGGGCAGAACUACCCAGAGGAUUUUGAUGGAGCCUUGGACUGCAUCAGCAUUGCCAUUACCUGUGCCUUCAACAGACAGGGAACCUUAUUAGCUGUGGGUUGUAACGAUGGUAGAAUUGUCAUCUGGGAUUUCCUGACAAGAGGAAUUGCCAAAAUAAUUAGUGCCCAUGUUCACCCUGUAUGCAGUCUAAGCUGGAGUCGAAAUGGAAAGAAACUGUUAAGUGCAGCAACAGACAACACAGCGUCAAUAUGGGACGUGGUAUCAGCAGAGUGUGAUAAAACAUUUAGGUUUCCUUCCCCCAUCCUGAAAGUGCAGUUUCAUCCCCGUGAUAGUAAACAGUUUCUUGUGUGUCCAAUGAAGCACCCUGCUGUACUAAUGAACAUCAGUGGAGAACACAGAGUUGUCCCAUUGGAUGAUGAUUCUGACCUGAACAUUGUUGCCUCCUAUGACAGAAGAGGUAAACACAUCUACACAGGAAAUGCCAAGGGCAGGAUCUUGGUAUUUACCUGCAACAAUUUGGAUCUGAAGGCAUCGUUUAGGGUAACAACUGGAACACUCAACACAACUGCCAUUAAAUCCAUUGAGUUUGCUAGAAGGGGGGAGUGUUUCCUGGUUAAUUCAGCGGACCGUAUCAUCCGAGUUUACGAGAGUGGGGAGGUCCUGGCCUGUGGUAAAGAUGGAGAGCCAGAGCCGAUCCAAAAACUUCAGGACUUGGUCAACAAGCUUUUGUGGAAGAAAUGCUGUUUUUCUGGGGAUGGGGAAUUCAUUGUGGCGGGGUCCGCCAGACAGCACUCACUCUACAUCUGGGAGAAGAGUGUUGGCAAUCUGGUCAAAAUCCUCCACGGAACUAAAGGAGAACUUCUGUUGGAUGUGGUGUGGCAUCCUGUACGACCAAUCAUAGCCUCAAUAUCCAGUGGUCUGGUAUCAAUAUGGGCUCAAAAUCAAGUUGAAAACUGGAGUGCGUUUGCACCAGAUUUUAAGGAAUUAGAUGAGAACGUAGAGUAUGAGGAGAGAGAGUCAGAGUUUGAUGUCGAGGACGAGGACAAAGAAAAAGAGGAAACUAAAGGACCUGAUGAGGAAGAUUCUGAGGUUGAUGUGACCACCAUUGAACCUAUUCAGGCCUUUGUCAGCAGUGAUGAGGAUGAAGAGGACCAGGAAGCGUUACUGUACCUUCCUGUUUCACCCGACAUUGAGGAACCGGAGGAGUCAGCCUGGGCCCUGCCUCCUGAAGCUGUGGCAGAGGAGGCCCAGGAGAAGAAGAGAAGCCAACCCCACACAGACAACACCCCCUCCCCAAAGAAAAAGAAAGUCAAGACACUGGAAGUGGACCUCCCUGAUGCUCCUUUAGAUGAAAUUCACCCUCUCUUAAAUGUGAAGAAACCUAAUGAAAAGGGGCAGAAAAAAUCAAGUCGGCCAAAACAGCCAAAGUCCUCAAAACCUGACAAAUCAAAAAGCAAGGGACGACUGGAUGAC